UUCGUUUCAACUGCUUGGCAUAGCCUGCAAUGCAGUCAGCGGUUCAAUCAUCCUGUUGUUGCUCAUGAGAUGGAUCCAAAAAAUAUAGCUAAAACGUGUGCCAUGAAGGAGAAAAGCAAAAAUGCUGCACGCACGCGUCGUGAAAAAGAAAAUACGGAAUUCUGUGAAUUGGCCAAAUUAUUGCCAUUGCCGGCGGCGAUUACAUCACAAUUGGACAAGGCGUCGGUCAUACGCCUGACCACAUCCUAUUUGAAAAUGCGCCAAGUGUUUCCGGAUGGACUCGGUGAGGCUUGGGGCUCAUCGCCGGCCAUGCAGCGUGGCGCCACAAUCAAGGAGCUGGGCUCGCAUCUGCUGCAAACACUGGAUGGUUUCAUCUUUGUGGUUGCGCCCGAUGGCAAAAUCAUGUACAUCUCGGAAACGGCCUCAGUGCACUUGGGUCUCAGUCAGGUUGAGCUGACGGGCAAUUCUAUAUUCGAGUAUAUACACAGCUAUGAUCAGGAUGAAAUGAAUGCCAUACUGUCGUUGCAUCCGCAUAUGCAUCAGCAUCCACUUGCCCAGACGCACACGCCCAUUGGCAGUCCGAAUGGCGUGCAGCAUCCGUCGGCUUAUGGUCAUGAUCGUGGCUCGCAUACCAUUGAAAUCGAGAAGACUUUCUUUCUACGCAUGAAAUGCGUUUUAGCCAAACGCAAUGCGGGUCUAACCACAUCUGGCUUUAAGGUGAUACACUGCUCCGGCUAUUUGAAGGCGCGCAUUUAUCCGGACUGCGGCGAUGGCCAGGGCAGUCUUAUACAGAAUCUUGGCCUGGUUGCCGUUGGACACUCGCUGCCUUCAUCUGCCAUAACGGAAAUCAAACUGCAUACAAACAUGUUCAUGUUUCGCGCCAAGCUUGAUAUGAAAUUGAUUUUCUUUGAUGCACGCGUAUCGCAGUUAACUGGCUAUGAGCCGCAGGACCUUAUCGAGAAGACGCUUUAUCAGUACAUCCAUGCGGCGGACAUAAUGGCCAUGCGUUGCUCCCAUCAAAUCCUGCUGUACAAAGGACAAGUAACCACCAAAUAUUACCGCUUUCUGACCAAAGGGGGCGGCUGGGUCUGGGUGCAAUCCUAUGCCACGCUGGUGCACAACUCGCGCUCCUCGCGCGAAGUGUUCAUCGUGAGCGUCAACUAUGUGCUCAGCGAACGAGAGGUCAAAGACUUGGUUCUCAACGAGAUACAAACAGGCGUGAUCAAGCGCGAGCCCAUCUCGCCAGCCGCACAAGCAGCUGCGGUUGCUGCUGCAGCCGCUGCGGCUGCUGCUGCUGCAACUGCCACGUGUGUGGCCAAUCCCGCCUCCAGCACGCCAGCGUUGAGCGUUAGUCCAAAGCUGGAUCCGUACUUUGAGCCGGAGCUGCCGCUGUCCGUGCAGCCGCAGCCACCCAAUGCAGUUACGCCCGUGCCCACCGUCAACAGCAACAACAACAACAACAACAGCAGCAACAGCAAUGGCUGGCAUCAUCAGCAGCUGCAUCAGCAACAGCAGCAGCAAGCGAGUGGCAUGGAUCACGAUAGUCUUAGCUAUACGCAGCUGUAUCCGCCGCUCAAUGAUCUGGUGGUCAGCAGCAGCAGCAGUGCGGGUGGCGGCACAGCUUCCAGCGCUGGUGGCGGCUCCAGUGCAUCGGCCUCCUCCUCGGGCGUGUACUCAACGGAAAUGCAAUAUCCGGAUACCACAACGGGCACGCUUUACUACAACAACAACAAUCAUUAUUAUUAUGACUACGAUGCUACAGUGGACGUAGCUACGUCCAUGAUACGACCGUUCUCGGCUAACUCGAACAGCUGUUCGAGCAGCUCGGAGAGCGAUCGGCAACUGUCCACCGGCAAUGCAUCCAUUGUCAAUGGCACGUCGCCCUCGCAAACAACCUACAGCGAUCUAAGUCAUAAUUUCGAGCUGAGUUAUUUCUCCGACAACAGCUCACAGCAGCAGCAACAACACCAGCAGCAACAGCAGCAGCAGCAUCAGUUGCUCGAUCAUCAGCAUCAGCCGCAACAGCAGCAACGUGUUGUUGUUAGCGACUUUGCCGAGAGCUUCAAGAGCGUCAAUGCUGCCGCUGCCGCCGCUGUGGUGACCACGCCCCAUUACACCAGCGUCAUAGUGGAGCCGCAGCAUUAUAUUCCCAACGAUUUUGUGCAUUAG